AUGGCCGCAUCGAAGGUCUGGUUUAUUACGGGCGCUUUCUCCGGCUUCGGCCGCAUUAUGACGAACCUCGUCCUUGAGAGCGGCAACAAGUGUGUGGCCACCUCGAUCGACCCCGCCGCUCUUGAUCCACUGGUCAAGCAAUACGGCCCCUCGAAGAUCCUUUCCCUCUAUGUAGAUGUUACCAAACCGGCACAGGUCCAAGAAGCAUUCCGCAAGGCUAAGGAAACUUUUGGUGGUGUCGAUGUUGUUUUCAGCAACGCUGGUAUCUGCUUCGCGGACGAGGUAGAAGAUACGGCAGACGAGACGGCAAGGAAGAUCUUCGAGGUCAACUUCUGGGGCGUCUCGAAUGUUAUGAAAGAGACUGUGAAGAUGUUCCGUGAUGGAAAUCCACCCGGUCGUGGGGGGAAGCUCAUGCAAAUGGCGUCCAUCGCCGGUGUGAUUGGUUGGCCCUCCCUGGGUUACUACUGUGCUAGCAAACACGCUGUUGAGGGACUCACGAAGACGCUGGUACAAGAGCUCAAGACAGAAUGGAAUAUCCAGGUCACCCUGGUCGAGCCCGGAUUCUUCGCAACACCGAUCAUUACCAACAUCAACCAAAACAAAGUUGAAGCAAAGGCUACGUACGCCGGAGGUGCUGCGGACACAAACAGGACUGCCAUGGAAGAUCCAAGCAUCGCCGGUGAUCCGACCAAAGCGAUGCAACUUGUCAAGAAGGUUGCAGAGAUGGAGAAAUUGCCGCUUCAUCUCCCAAUUGGAGCAGAUGCAAUCCCUGUCUUCAGGGGUACAUCAGAGGAACUGACGAAAGCCGCCAACGACUGGGAAGUCGAAGCCACCGCUACACGGUUCGACAGUUAA